AUGUUAAGCUAUCUACAGAUAUGGGUUUUUGCGGUGUUCUUCGUUCAAAGCACCUUCGCUUUGACGAUUAGUUCAACUCACUCUACUAUUGCCGCUACUCCUACUUCCACUCCUUCACCUCGUCACGCUCACUGGACGUAUACUCCCCGUCUUUCACACAAACAUAAAUCUUGCAGCGCUCGUCAAUCCUCAUCUGCAAUAGUUGGACCAUCCUCGUCUGCCAUUCGUUCCACCGCAAUCAUUCCAUCUUCGUCCGCCAUUCGCUCCUCUGGGGUUGUUCCAUCUUCGUCCGCCGUUCCUGUAACUACCUCCUCCAUACAGUUGACAACAUCCACCGUUUUUUCAACACAAACCGCUACUAUCACAGCAUGUCCAUCAACUGUAACCAACUGUCCUGCGUCAGCGCGAACCACAUAUGUGACUACCGAAAUCAUCGCGGUGACCACAACUGUCUGCCCAGUCACAGCUACUCAAACUGGCUCCGCGGGUAGCAAUCGCCCUACUGUUUACGAAACGGUCACCGCAACGAUCAUGGAGUGCCCGUCAUACGUGACCGAUUGCCCAUUGUUGUCAAAGACGACUUAUUUGAACGGUGGAUCGACAUCGUAUGCCACUGCAGGGCCUUCAAUUGCAACCACUGUCCGCAGUGACACACUCUCCCCAACAUAUACAUCUAUCUCACAAGGAUCAGGUGCCGAUGCCAUUUCAGGGACUGGCUCGGGAGCUGGUUCAAACACUGGUUCAAACACUGGUUCAGGAAAUGGCUCAGGAAAUGGCUCAGGAAAUGGCUCAGGAAAUGGCUCAGGAACUGGCUCAGGAACUGGCUCAGGAACUGGCUCAGGAACUGGCUCAGGAAAUGGCUCAGGAACUGGCUCAGGAACUGGCUCAGAUAGUGGUGCAUCUGACAUUACAACGGUGUCACCUGCUGCCGAUCAAGCUCAUGGUAGCAGCUACACAGGGUCCGUAACGUCAGUGUCUCCGGUUGCCACAGUCUCUCCGACUUUCCAGUCCACCAUAACUUCUACUGGCGGUAUCGGUAAUGGUACGGCCUUGUGGACUUCAACACUACCAACUACAACCACAGCGAGCUCCGUGACUCCGGCGUAUACCGGCACUGCCUCGAAGAUCACUCAAACCUUCAGUCUUGCGGGCAUGAUGGGAAUUUUGGUUGCAAUCUUUCUAUAG